AUGUUCGAAUCCCUGAAGCAAUCUGUGCUCUCUAAGGGCGACAAGGGCGAUUCUGUCGUCGCCCUCCAUGGCGAUCCCGUAUCCAUGUCUCCAGUCGGAGGCGGCACCUAUCCCCGCGCCAACUAUCUACAGGAUGGCUCAAUAAUCGGCGCAUAUACGGCCUUCGAACAUGGCUACAGUAUUAUCACCCUCGUCCGCUCCACCGACGGUGGUGCGACUUGGUCCCCUCUGGGAACCGCAGCCAGAGCUUUAACAAGCGAGAAUGACUUGGAUAAUCCGUACCCGCUGCAGCUCCCCAGCGGACGUGUCCUCGUUGCAUUUCGAAAUCAUUCAAAGGAUCCCUCUACCGGACGCUACACAUUUUACCGGAUUACCAUCUGCUACUCCGAUGAUAAUGGAGCAACAUGGAAAUAUCUGAGCACGCCUGCAUCUGACCCCGGUGGACCCAAUGGAAACUGGGAGCCGUUCCUACGAAACGCGGCUGAUGGGACAUUGCAGUUAUACUACUCACGUGAAAAUAGCCCGAUGGAUCAAGAUAACCUGAUGCGCACUUCGACAGACGGGGGCGUCACCUGGUCGUCUGCCACCGUCAUCUCCGGAGCCGAAUUACAUGAUGCUCGGGACGGAAUGGUAGGUGUCACUGAGACGAACGACGGUCAUCUCCUGGCUGUCUUCGAAACAGGCCAAAAUGGCCGCUUCACGAUCAACUCUGUCCGCAGCACCGACGGGGGUAGAACGUGGGGUAACCGAGCGAGAGUAUAUACUCCUACGGGAUUACACAAUAAUGCAGGCGCGCCCCAGAUCGUCAAUGUAGGGGGCAGGCUAUAUGUGAGCUUCAUGACUGACGAGGAUAGCCAUGGAUAUACCUGGCCCAGAGGUGCAGCUGCCAAAUUGGUUGUCAGCGAUGACAAUGGGCAUACAUGGGGAGGCAAGAUAAAGGUCAGGGACAUCCACAGUAACUGGCCCGGACUGCUGGCUCUGGACUCGAGAUCUUUCUUGUGUAUGUACGACAACGGUGGCGUUGUGGCUCAAAAGCUGGUGCACUAG